AUGUUGCGAGAGAAGCAUCGACAGUUCCUCACGUUCGACCAAUGGGAUGUGCACGCCGCCGAUCUUUCAGACCUUGAUGCAAUUCUUGGCAUAAAGGAUGUCAGUGCAUCCUUCCACCAAUACCUGCAGCAUCCUGGAAAUCCAUCACGAAAUAGACAGAUGCUCUAUCUGCUGGGAUUCCACCGCGUUCAAUGCAACUCAACCAGAUGUGGGGGCGAUGCCUGCAUCUGCGAGAAGGACGAUUCUGGAUAUCCCUCCAAGGCGUACAACUGGGACCGGGAUGGAAUUGCGCUGUUGGAGAAGGCCAAGGAGCACUUAUUGGAGUUGGAUGCCUUCGGCAUAACGGACUGCUUCGACGAAUCUAUAAAGGCGAUCGCCCCAGCCCUGGGGUGGAACGUUGGAGCAGCCCUUGAGCUUGCCAAGAGCAACCAUGCUCUCCACGUCUGGCGGCCGGUGAUGGAGAAGGCGCGCCAAAUUCGACCCCGCAGCGGCUCUUCAGUGGAAGGACACCGUCGCUUGAGCUUCAAUGGACCUAGCAGCAAUUUCUGGCGCGAGUUCCUUCACGAGGAUGUUCGCAAAGAGAUCCUUGAGGUCAAUCGCUUGGAUGCCGAGCUUCUGAGCUUCGCGCGUUCUCAGUUCAAGAAGCAGUAUGGUGUAGAUUGCAAGGAUGAGGCGUGA